AUGGCCUUUCGCUCGAGCUUAGAAGAAAUAUCAAACUCUUUAAUAAACAAGCGCGUGGACACUGCGGACACCUGUGCUUCUUGCCCAACUACCGCUGAGCUAAGUAAGGCAGUAUCGGUGUCACUGGGUUUAGACUCAGUGUCCUCUCCGCUUAGCAACAUGAAUCAGUGCUCCGGCAGCAGCAGCAGCAUAUUCGCAGACUUCCACCACACCAUGGAGAGUAGUAGUAGUAGAGUUCAGGAGUUACAAACGGCUCCUAAUGUCAACUCAGACAGGCUUCUAUUACGUGACACUGCCCUUAAAGACGACUUUGGAGAAGCGUGCCACGGCAUUCAGCAGGUGAGCUGCAUGGAUCUGCUCACAUCGGGGGACAUGGACAGCGCGCAGAACAGGGCGCGUGACCCUGUGUUAUCUGGGUAUGUCUGCAGGGAGUCUAACCUGUUCAUGAACCCGCAGGAAGAGCUGCCCGCGCCCUCUCAGGUGGAAGAGAUGUUGCCUUUGAUACCAUACUCUGCGUACUCCGCAAAUCCGAACCUACACAGGGACACUCCGGGAGCGUGGUGCGCCCGAAGCAACCGAUCCGAGCCGGAGAGGGGCGGUUUAAGCGGACGUAAUUUGUUGUGCAAAUACUGUAACUGUGGGCCAGCAUCUCUCGGAUCCAUGCAGGAAUGCCACUGUCUCUGGUACAACAAGGAGGACAAAGGUGGCAUGCGAGCAGCGAUGGCACACGGCUAUGGCCAAAUGGAAAGUUACCAAAGUGCAAUUCCUCAAGGACACGGCACUCUUUCCACUAUCAAGACUGAACCAUCUGUUUGGCUGGAUUGCUCUGAUCGCACUUUUAGGCAUGAGGAUUUGUUCCCAGGUGUGUAUCUGUCGGACAGGAGAGUGUGUCAGGUUUGCAGCGACGAAGCCUCAGGUUGUCACUACGGAGCCGUCACCUGCGGCAGCUGCAAAGUAUUCUUCAAGAGAGCCGCUGCAGGUAAGCAGAACCAUCUGUGUGCCAGCCGGAACGACUGCACCAUCGACAAGCUGCGGAGGAAAAACUGCGCCUCAUGCCGUUUAAAGAGGUGCUUCAUGUCAGGAAUGAGCCUCAAAGGUCGUAGGCUUAAGGGAGCCGGACAGCCGAGGAGCGGAGAGGAGGAGCUUCCUCCGGCUCCCUGGGGAAACAGAGAUGCCAUCUUGAAGCCUGGAAGUGCAGCUGUAGCGGCUCAAAUAGCUUGCCUGGCUUCAGGGAUUCCCCCAAGCGUGCGCUCCUGCCGCUCCCUGCUCAGCGUCUUGCAGGCCAUCGAGCCGGCUGUGGUCAAUGCCGGGCAUGAUCACGCACAGCCAGACAGCCCCGCGUCCUUGCUCACCAGCCUCAAUGAGCUGGGGGAGAGACAGCUGGUAACUGUGGUGCGCUGGGCCAAGGCAAUACCAGGUUUCCGUGACAUGCACGUGGAUGAUCAGAUGUCUGUGAUUCAGUUGUCAUGGAUGGGGGUGAUGGUGUUUGCGUUGGGAUGGAGGUCCUACACACUCACCAACAGCUCCCUGCUCUACUUUGCUCCAGACCUGGUGUUCAAUGACCAGCGGAUGCAAGUGUCCAGUAUGUAUGAACACUGUGUGAGGAUGAAGGUGCUCUCCCAAAGGUUCUGCAUGCUGAAGGUCACCCAGGAGGAGUUCCUCUGCAUGAAAGCCCUGGUCCUCUUCAGCAUCAUGCCAGUGGAGGGCCUGAAGAACCAGCGUUGUUUUGAUGAACUGCGGACCUCCUACAUAAAGGAGCUGGACCGCUUGGCGAGCCACCGCGGAGAGACCACCCGCACACAGAGGCUGUUCCAGCUCACUCAGCUGCUGGACUACCUCCAGUCGAUUGUGAGGAAGUUACACCAGUUCACCUACGAUCUCUUCAUCCAAGCUCAGUCCCUCCAGACGCGUGUCAACUUCCCAGAGAUGAUCUCCGAGAUCGUGAGCGUCCAUGUUCCCAAAAUCCUCUCGGGCAUGGUCAAACCCAUCCUUUUCCACAACACAGCCUAGAGCGGUGUGGCUGAAGGGUGGGCUCGUGAUUGUCCUUUAUGUCACUUGAGCUUCAACCACUUCUGGGAAAAGCUUAAAUGGCUAGAGAGGGUUAAUAAUUUCAUGAGGUGUAAGCCUUUUUUUGAACCUACAGGGUGACAGUGGAGCACAGUGAAGCUAAAUGAAGUGCAUUCAGCACAUUCUUCCAAUCUUAUUGCAUCUAUUCUGUUCUCCUACUGCCUGAUAUCUGUAUGAAAUGUCUCGUUUUUUAGCAUGACUUCCUCCACACAGGCUAAACACCUGGCAUGUAAGACUUCUUCUUCCUCUUCUUCUUCUGCAUAUAUAUAUAACCGACAACAGGUUAUGUUUAAUUUCAGGAGGGGAAAACCCUGUUUUCAGAGUUCACAUCAUUGUAGCCUGUCUGUGUGCAGUGGUAUGACAUUUGGAUUAGCUUUUUAACAAUGAAUGUUAUUGUGCGCACCUGAGAUGAUCACAUUUGAUUGACAGGUAAUAAACCGUCGCGGCAUGCAUGCUAAGAGGCAACGCUGUCUCGCCGGAGUAUAAAAACAUGUCUGAAAGCUGUUCGCAUCCCUAGACAUAAUAGUCGACUAAUGGUUUAGGCGGAGGCAACACACACACUCUUUUUACACCGUGAGUGACUACAACGUUUCAAUUGUAUAUUUAUGAAUUUUGUGAUUUUAAAUAAGCUCGCACUGAAGAAAGUAUUUUGACCAAAUAGUUGCGAAUGACUCAUCAGUCAACUAACUAUUGGUGACUUUGUUUUUGCUUGUUUUUAAAUGUCAAACAUUAUCCAUUUUUUUCCAAGAUGGACAUUUCAUACUGUUGCAACUUUUCUACAGUUUUCUUAAAAAGUGUUCUUUGCAAAGUGCUCUGUUGUGAAUCAUCAUCCAGUAUCCAUUGUAGCUUUUCUUCCCGCGAAACGAUAAAAAGGUCCAGCCAAAAAUCUGCUCAUUUGUUGCAAUACUUACAGCUUAAUAUGGAAUAAUAAACAACUGAAGCAUGA